AUGUCAUUAACUGUCGAUAUUCCACAAAUAUCCGUAACUCCAGAAGCUGAAGAAGAUGAUGAUCACAACUUUUUGGAUUUGGCUGAAGCCUUAACUGAUAUUGAAGAUCUUUAUGACGAAAUUCCUAUAAAACAACAAAAAAAGUCCAAACUUAAAAUUAAAUUAGAAUGCGACGGUUCUACUACAGACAUUGAAGAUUUUGAAGCUUCAGACAAUGAAGAUUAUCCGACAAAAAUUGUAUCCCAUGCAAAACCAAUUUCUUUAGAUGAUUUGGAUAUGGAAGUUGGAAUAUCGGAUGAGGCUUUUAAAAUACAAACUAAAAAUGCAAAGGGAAAAAAAAAAUUAAAAACUCAGUUUUCAGUUACUCAAAGAGAAUCAAAAAUGUCUGAGAGAGAUUUAAGCCCCAGUCCCUAUAGAACCGACAUUGAAAAUUACGAUACCGAAGAAGAUAUAAAUAUUAAAUCUUCAACUUCAGAUAUCGACUUAAAUUACUAUGUAGGAGAUGACUCUGUAUCAGAUACAAACAAAGUUUGGGAAAUAAAUCAGCCCCUGAGACAAGCUGAUGCUGAUAAAAUUAAUAGAAGAACCAUCUCUCAACAAAAAUAUCAUCUUAAUAUAAUGCUUCCAAAUUUAUCAGAUAUAACCGACGUUGAAGUAUUAUCUUCGGAUUCAAAUGGGGAAGGUUCCACUAAAAAGAAAUACAAGGCUAGACGUAGGCGAAGAUCAAACAAAAAAAUUCCUGUUAGUGAUGUUGAGGAUAUAUAUUUUUCCGAAGAAGAAUCACAAUUAAAAAAAUACAAUACUUGCAAACCUAGUAAAGCAAAAUACAGCAAUGAUAUAUAUCAAAUUAUGCGUACUCAAACUUUGCCAGUUGAUUCUGAUAACGAGGAUAAUACCAGAUUACCAUUUCCGUUAUGUAAAUUAAUCUCAAACAAGGUUUCUUUAAAAAUACCCGAUUUUGACAUAAGCGCUUUAACAGAUACAGAAGAUUUUGAAAGUGACACAUCUAUAGAAAAUCCUAUUUACCUAAAAGAAGUAUCAUUAGAUGAAAAAAUGUAUGAAGGUGGUACUCAAACUAGUACGGAGGCUAAUGUAAACCAAAAAGUAACGUAUUCAAUUAAAAACGCAAAUGAAGUUAAUAGUUUUGAAGAUAAUAAAACAGAUUCUGACAAUUACCAAACUGAAAAUGAAGAUAAUAUUGAAUUAGAUGAUUUAAAAAGCCCAAAAGGAGAAAUUAAAGUUGGUUUUACAUGUGUAACCGAAAAACCCACUAAUAAAAGAACCGUCAAAUUCCAUAGGCAAUGCACACUAAAUAGAAAAGAAAGCAAUGAAGAUUUAACAGAUUUAGAAGACUUAGAUUACGACGAUAAUAAGGCAGAAAUGGUUGUUGCGCUCGUAAAAAAUGAUUUAACAGAUAGUGAAGAUUUUUCUGAUAAUGAAAAUAUACCACAGUAUUCAUUUGAUGAUACUGAUGAUAUAACCUUGCCAAAACCGACAAGAAACCUAAUUAUCCUAAAAGAGGAGACCACAGGUACACCAAGUAUAAAAAUUAUGCCUUUAAGUGAAGAUCACAUUUAUGAUUUAUUAGGCCUCAAAAAUGAUGAUGGUGAAAUAACGGAUGAAGAACAAAUAGAAGAUGGUGAAGAUAAUUGCGACGAAGAUGAGCCUUAUCGUUCCAUUUCUCCUGAUAUGCCAAUAUACGAUGGUGGUUCUGUAGAUGUUGUAGAUCAAACAGUUAAGAAUAAUAAUUUAGAUGUAUACCAAAGUGUAGAUGGUCUAACAGAUACUGAAAUUUGUGAGAUUGAUAAACCUAAAAAAAAAAAGCCUCCAACUUUUAAAUACAUAAUGAGUAGGUCUUCUAAAAGGAGUAAUAACUUAGGAGUUGCUGAAAAUAAUAAAGAUGGUUUGACUGAUACAGAGGAUGUUUAUUUGAGUGAUUCUGCUCCAAAUAAUACAUAUACAUUGUCAGUAGCGCCAACAAAUACUGAUGCUUUAACCGACACUGAGUUUAUAGAAACAGAUUCAGAUAGAGAAGAGAAAGAAAGCAGAUCUUUAUCUUGUAUUCCGAUACACAUGCGUGAAAUGUCUGGAGAAAUUAUUAUGACUCGUGAUGGUUCUGGACCUUUUUCCCAAAAAGAUAGAUUAACAGUUUUAAAAAAAAUUCCCAACGAUACCCCUUGCAGUCCAAUGGUAACAGAUACUGAAGAUCUUGCUGCUUCUGAAGAAGAUGAUGGUAUCUAUUCAAGAGCGGAAACGGCAACUCCAAAUCAGAUUAAUGUUUUAGAUCAAAUAGGUAGCAGCAAAGUGCAUAGUACUGUUAAUAGAAAGGUCAAUUAUGAUACUCCCGAAGAAGUAAUGUAUUUAAAAGGUGGAUGCUACAUUGAGAAUGUUACAGACGUAGAAGACUUUUUGGAUGAAGAUAUUAUUGAUAACGAAAUUUAUUUUCAAAACCACGUUAUUAUAAAUCCAAAACAGUUGUUGGUCAACAAACAAGAAUGGGAGGCCAGCAAAAAACCGGCCGAUAUCUCCUUUGGAGAAAAAGCUACAUUAGAAAAGGACGCAGCACUCCAAGAUAUUCCCUCGACGGAAAUCCAGUUUAUAACUUAUGAAAGUGUGCUGUUGACGCCAAAUCGUAGUAUAUGUUCCUCUCCUAAAAUCCAAUCCUAUUUGCAUAAAACAACAUCCUAUACACAAAUCGACGAAAUGUUAGAAAAAAUGUUGAACGAAUUAGAACAACAAGAAAAAUUAUUUGGCCUAGAUUUGGAUAUUUUGGAACCGGAAGAUGUUUGUGUAAAUGUUUUAGAGAUUCGUCCUAGUACAGACGCAUUGAUUGAAAUUCCAAUAAAAAAAACAAUAAAAGUUCCAAAAGUAUAUGAAACAACGCAGGAAAUUAAAGUAAAUGAGGAAAAUUUAUAUGAGACAAUGAUUUUUGAAAACAAAUACAAGCAAGAAUUACAAGAAAAUUUUUAUGAGUUGAUAAACUAUAACGAUAACUUAAUAAAUAAAAAUGUAAUGCAUGAAAAAAUAGAUGAAGCUGCAGCUUUAAUUACUGAAACCACUGAUGAUCUUCAAAAAAAUAAGUUAUAUAAAUACGAAAUUCAAUUACAUAUGGCUCAAAGGGCUUCAAGUGAAUCCUUAAGUGAAGGUUCAGAUAUAAUAGACGACACAGCCGAUAUAUUUAUGGAUGACAAUUAUGAAACAAUUGAACAACGACCUUUAACAUAUGCUUAUCAGUUAUAUGACAGUCGUACAGGUAAUGAAAUUUGGUGGGAGGGUACCUAUCGUAAUCUCAGUAUUGUUCCUGAAGAAGAGGAAGAGAAUGCUAGUUUAAUAAGCAAGACCUAUCUAUCAAAACCAUUUAAAAAUUUAAAUAAUUCCCCUUUAUUACACGUAAAUGCAAAUGACACAACAUCUAAUGAUUCGGAUUCAGAGAGUAGUUCAUUUAGUUGCAGUUCAAGUGAAGGCCAGUAUGAGACACAUGAAAAAAUUAUUCGUGCAGAAGUAAAAUUACUUGUUAAAACCACUGAUAACGGUAAAGAAGCCAUCGAAAUACAUUCAGUAAAAGAUUUUCUUGAAACUACAGAACAAAAUAAAAAAUCCAUUUGGGAAAAAACAAAAAACCAAAAGAGCAAGACAUUGCCAUCAAAAUUAAGUGAUAAGUUUAGUAAUAUAACAAAAACAUUUUCCAAUAUUUUAGAUGGAACUAAGAAAAAAUCAAUUUCAUAUAAUUUAUUACCUGAUCAACACACGUCAAAAAAGCAAAAAUCAAACAAACCAACAUUUACAUUGCCAAGAAUAUUUAUUAAAAAUCCGGAUAAUGAAUUAUGUAACAAAGAUAAAAACGAAAAUAACUUACUCACAACAAAAGAAUUAUCUAAAAGCAAAACUGAAUUAUUCGCAACAACUAAAGAAAAUUACCCUCUUCAGUAUCAAAGCACAUCAUCAUCAUUUAAAGAAGAUCCAAAUAGAGUGGAUCUUUAUGCAAAUAUCCCUUUUUAUCCUUGUUAUAGCAAAUACAAAUCUAUAAAAAAUGACCCAUUCACAGAAUUUAUAUCCUAUCCAAUAAACGAUCCCUCUGAAAUACCCCAACCAUAUUGCGAUUGGUUAAUUCCGAAAGAAGAUUUAAGUAGAGGUAAAGGAAAACCGACAACGACAACACAGUAUUUAACUAGUAACGAAGAUUUAAGGCUUGUAGACAAACCUGUAAGCCAACCUUCUACCGGUUUCUCUACAGUGUUUAAAUUACCUAAUAAUAAAAUAAUUUUCGAACAAACUAAUGCUUUAAUUCAAUCUGAGUCACUCGCCGAACCGUAUCACACGCAUACAGAUAAACAUUAUACAAUAGUUUACGAAAAAUCUAAUAAAGGUGAAAAGCAAGAUUUAGUUAAAACAGAAUCUAUUAACAAAGAUAAAAAGGCCAAAAAAGGAAUAUUUGGUACUAUUAAAACAUUUGUUGGCAAAUCAUUCGACACCGACUCCGAUUCCGAAAAGUCGGCUAAAAAAGAUUAUAAAGGCAAAAAAGAUAAAAAUAAGAAUAAAAUAAAAAAAACAUCACCUGAAAUUCAGAAAACUAAUGAAAAACCUAAAAUGCCCAGUCCACUUAUUGAAAGAAAAGAAUUUGCUGAUAUGCCAUAUUUUGACCAAGACACUAAUGAAAACUCCACAAUAAAACCUCCUGUUACAGCCACCAAAAUUAGGUUUUCCGACCCAGCUAAUUCAAAAACUGUAAAAAUAACUGAAAUCCCGAAGCAAAAACAGACCAAAAUUGUAGUAGUUGAAGAAAUAACCAAAGUAUUUCAGCCAGUUGCAAUAGAAGAAGAAGAAUUUUCAAUUAUUAUUGAUCCCUCCAAAAAAGAAUACCCAAAAAAAUCUAUAGAAACUUUUACGCUUAACAUUGAUCAAUCUAUUAGUGAAAUUGAAAAAGAAAUUUUAGACAAAUCUCCUAUUUUGUCCCUAGAAAAAAUUGUUAAGCCUGUUGUUGAUAUUAAUGCACCAGUGCCACCACCAAGAAAAAUUAAACAUGUUUAUGAAGACAUAUAUGAACCCCCCAGUUUAACAGGUAAUGCAGUUAUUACGACCGAAGGUAACCAAUACCCUAAAGAUAUUAAGUGUGAAACAACUAACCUUAUUAAAAAUGAAUCAAUAUGUACAGGAUGGACUCACGACAAAAGUAAUAUAAAUACAGAAAAUGACAAACCUACAUAUUCAAAGCCAAGUGCUAUACUAAAAUUAUCCAAGGUUGAUCAAAGUUCGGAUGAAGAAAUAUUAGAAAAACAAGAUAAAGAACCAAUUAAAGAAAUAAAUACAGACAAAAAAGAAGACAAGAAAGGACUUUUAGGGGGAAUGUUUGGCAGAAAAACCAAGGAUCAAAACAUUAAAUGCAAUGUACACAUUCCAUCUAAAGAAUUAAUAAAAAAAAUUAAAGAUACUUCUGGAUUUUUAGAAAUGGAAGUUAAAAACUACGAUGCUAACCCCAUUGUUAAAGAAAUCAUUGAAUCAUUUCCAAAAGAAGACAUUUUACCUGAAACAGUUGUAAUCAAAGAAGAAGUUUUUUUCUCUCCCGCUAAAAAGUCAAAAUCCAAGAAUUUUAAAGAAGAAGAAAAUGCAAAAAGUUUAGAAAAAGAUCUGAAACUAGAAAAGAAGGAAUCUAAAGAUGGCUCAGAAAAGAAAGGAUUUUUAGAAGGAGUGUUUGCUAAAAAGACCAGGGAUGAAAGAAUCAAAGAGGAUGAAACAAAAAAACGUUCACAACAAGAAUUUAUUAAAACAAUAAAAGACACGUUUGGAUUUUUGGAAGAGGAAGUUAAAAACUACGAAGAUGUUAAACCCAUUAUUAAAGAAACAAUACCUAAAUCCUUACCAACGGAAGUCAUUUUACACGAAACAGUUGUAAUCAAAGAAGACGAUUUUUCAUCUCCCGCUAAAAAGUCAAAUCCCAAGGAUUCUAAAAAAGAAGAAAAGGCGAAAAGUUUAGAAAAAGAUAUAAAACUAGAAAAAGAGAAAUACAAAGAAGAUGGCGAGCAAAGGAAAGGAUUUUUAGGAGGAUUGUUUGGCAAAAACAUCAAGGAUGAAAAAAUCAAAGACGAUGAAACGAAAAAACUGUCAUCCAAAGAAUUGAUUAAAACCAUAAAAGAAACUUCUGGAUUUUUAGAAGAGGAAAUUAAAAACUACGAAGAUGUUACAUCCAAUAUUAAAAAAACAAUACCUAAAUCAUUAGGAAAAGAAGUCAUUUUACAAGAAACAGUGGUAAUUAAAGAGGAUGUUUCUUCUUAUCCUUCCAAAAAGUCAAAAUCCAAUGAUUUAAAAAAAGAAGAAAAGGCAAAAAGUUUAGAAAAAGGUGAAAAACCUGAAAAAAAUAAAUUCAAAGAGGAUGGCGAGGAAAAAAAAGGAUUUUUGGGGGAAUUGUUUGGCAAAAAGAUUAAGGAGGAAAAAAUUAAAGAUCAUGAAACCAAAAAACUACCAUCCGAAAAAUUGAUUAAAACCAUGAAAAACACGUCUCGUUUUUUGGAAGAGGAAGUUAAAAACUACGAAGAUGUUAAACCCUUUAUUCAAGUAACAAUACCCAAAUCAAUACAAAAGGAAAUCAUUUUACACGAAACAUUGGUAAUCGAAGAAGUUUCUUCCUCUCCCGCUAAAAAGUCAAAAUUUAAGGAUUUUAAAAAAGAAGAAAAGGCAAACGUUUUAGAAAAAGACGUAAAACCUGAAAAAAACGAAUCCAAAGAAGAUGGCGAAGAAAAAAAAGGAUUUUUUGGAGGAUUGUUUGGCAAAAAGAUCAAAGAUGAAAAAAUUAAAGAUGAUGGAACUAAAAAACCAUCCAAAGAAUUGAAUAAAAUAAUAAUAGACACGUCUGGAUUUUUGGAAGAGGAAGUUAAAAACUACGAAGAUGUUAAACCCAUUAAUAAAGAAACAAUAUCUGAAUCGUUACAAAAGAAAGCCAUUUUACAAGAAACAGUGGUAAUUAAAGAGGAAGUUUCUUCUUCUCCUGCUAAAAAGUCAAAAUCCAAUGAUUUUAACAAGGAGGAAAAAGCAAAACGUUUAGGAAAAGAUGAAAAACUAGAAAAAAAGGAAUUCAAAAAAGAUGGUGAAGAAAAUAAAGGAUUUUUAGGAGGAUUGUUUGGCAAAACUAUCAAGGAUAGAAAAAUUAAAGAUGAUGAUACUAAAAAACUUCCAUCCGAAGAAUUAAUUAAAACAAUGAAAGACUCGUCUGGAUUUUUGGAGGGGGAAGUUAAAAACUACGAAGAUGUUAAACCGAUUAUAAAAGUAACAAUACCUGAAUCAUUACCAAAGGAAGUCAUUUUACACGAAACAGUGGUAAUCAAAGAAGAAGUUUUUUCUUCUCCGGAUAAAAAGUUAAAAUCCAAGGAUUAUAAAAAAGAAAAAAAGGUUAACAGUUUAGAAGAAGAUAUAAAACUAAAAAAGAAGGAAUCCAAAGAUGAAAAGAAAGGAUUUUUAGGAUUGUUUGCCAAAAAGACCACUGAUGAAAAAAUUAAAGAUGAUGAUGUUAAAACACUUUUAUCCAAAGAAUUGAUUAAAACAAUGAAAGACACGUCUGGAUUUUUGGAAGAGGAAGUUAAAAACUACGAAGAUGUUAUUAUUAAAGAAACAAUACCUCAACUGUUACAAAAGGAAGUCAUUUUACAAGAAACAGUCGUAAUUAAAGAGGAAGUUUCUUCUUCUCCUGCUAAAAAGUCAAAAUCCAAUGAUUUUAAUAAAGAGGAAAAAGCAAAACGUUUAGAAAAAGAUGAAAAACUAAAAAAAAAGGAAUGCAUAGAAGAUGGUGGAGAAAAUAAAGGAUUUUUAGGAGGAUUAUUUGGCAAAAAUAUCAAGGAAAGAAAAAUUAAAGACGAUGUUACUAAAAAACUUCCAUCCGAAGAAUUAAUUAAAACAAUGAAAGACACGUCUGGAUUUUUGGAAGAGGAAGUUAAAAACUACGAAGAUGUUAAACCCAUUAUUAAAGUAUCAAUACCUGAAUCAUUACCAAAGGAAGUCAUUUUACAUGAAACAUUGGUAAUCAAAGAAGAAGUUUUUUCUUCUCCGGAUAAAAAGUCAAAAUCCAAGGAUUAUAAAAAAGAAAACAAGGUUAACAGUUUAGAAGAAGAUGUAAAAUUAGAAAAGAACGAAUCCAAAGAAGAAAAGAAAGGAUUUUUAGGAUUGUUUGCCAAAAAGACCACGGAUGAAAAAAUUAAAGAUGAUGAUAAAAAACUUUCAUCCAAAGAAUUGAUUAAAACAAUGAAAGACACGUCUGGAUUUUUGGAAGAGGAAGUUAAAAACUACGAAGAUGUUAUUAUUAAAGAAACAAUACCUCAACAGUUACAAAAGGAAGUCAUUUUACAAGAAACAGUGGUAAUUAAAGAGGAAGUUUCUUCUUCUUCUGCUAAAAAGUCAAAAUCCAAUGAUUUUAAUAAAGAGGAAAAAGCAAAACGUUUAGAAAAAGAUGAAAAACUAGAAAAAAAGAAAUGCAUUGAAGAUGGUGGAGAAAAUAAAGGAUUUUUAGGAGGGUUGUUUGGCAAAAAUAUCAAGGAAAGAAAAACUAAAGACGAUGUUACUAAAAAACUUCCAUCCGAAGAAUUAAUUAAAACAAUGAAAGACACGUCUGGAUUUUUGGAAGAGGAAGUUAAAAACUACGAAGAUGUUAAACCCAUUAUUAAAGUAACAAUACCUGAAUCAUUACCAAAGGAAGUCAUUUUACACGAAACAUUGGUAAUCAAAGAAGAAGUUUUUUCUUCACCGGAUAAAAAGUCAAAACCCAAGGAUUAUAUAAAAGAAAACAAGGUUAACAGUUUAGAAGAAGAUGUAAAAUUAGAAAAGAACGAAUCUAAAGAAGAAAAGAAAGGAUUUUUAGGAUUGUUUUCCAAAAAGACCACGGAUGAAAAAAUUAAAGAUGAUGAUAAAAAACUUUCAUCCAAAGAAUUGAUUAAAACAAUGAAAGACACGUCUGGAUUUCUGGAAGAGGAAGUUAAAAACUACCAAGAUGUUAUUAUUAAAGAAACAAUACCUGAACUGUUACAAAAGGAAGUCAUUUUACAAGAAACAGUCGUAAUUAAAGAGGAAGUUUCUUCUUCUCCUGCUAAAAUGUCAAAAUCCAAUGAUUUUAAAAAAGAGGAAAAAGCAAAACCUUUAGAAAAAGAUGAAAUACUAGAAAAAAAGGAAUUCAUAAAAGAUGGUGGAGAAAAUAAAGGAUUUUUAGGAGGAUUAUUUAGCAAAAAUAUCAAGGAAAGAAAAAUUAAAGACGAUGUUACUAAAAAACUCCCAUCCGAAGAAUUAAUUAAAACAAUGAAACAGACGUCUGUAUUUUUGGAAGAGGAAGUUGAAAACUACGAAGAUGUUAAACCCAUUAUUAAAGUAACAAUACCUGGAUCAUUACCAAAGGAAGUCAUUUUACACGAAACAUUGGUAAUCAAGGAAGAAGUUUUUUCUUCUCCUGAUAAAAAGUCAAAAUCCAAGAAUUAUAAAAAAGAAAAAAAGGUUAACAGUUUGGAAGAAGAUGUAAAAUUAGAAAAAAAGGAAUCCAAAGAAGAAAAGAAAGGAUUUUUAGGAUUGUUUGCCAAAAAGGCCACGGAUGAAAAAAUUAAAGAUGAUGAUAAAAAACUUUCAUCCAAAGAAUUGAUUAAAACAAUGAAAGACACGUCUGGAUUUCUGGAAGAGGAAGUUAAAAACUACCAAGAUGUUAUUAUUAAAGAAACAAUACCUGAACUGUUACAAAAGGAAGUCAUUUUACAAGAAACAAUCGUAAUUAAAGAGGAAGUUUCUUCUUCUCCUGCUAAAAAGUCAAAAUCCAAUGAUUUUAAAAAAGAAGAAAAAGAAAAACGUUUAGGAAAAGAUGAAAAACUAGAAAAAAAGGAAUUCAUAAAGGAUGGUGAAGAAAAUAAAGGAUUUUUAGGAGGUUUGUUUCGCAAAAAUAUCAAGGAUAGAAAAAUUAAAGACGAUGAAACUAAAAAACUUCCAUCUAAAGAAUUAAUUAAAACAAUGAAAGACACGUCUGAAUUUUUGGAAAAGGAAGUUAAAAACUACGAAGAUGUUAAGCCCAUUUUUAAAGUAACAAUACCUGAAUCAUUACCAAAGAAAGUCAUUUUACACGAAACAGUUGUAAUUAAAGAAGUUUAUAAAAAAGAAAAACAGGUUAACAGUUUAGAACAAGAUGAAAAUAAAGAAUUCAAAGAAGAAAAGAAAGGAUUUUUAGGAUUGUUUCCCAAAAAGACCACGGAUGAAAAAAUUAAAGAUGAUCUUGAUAAAAAACUUCCAUCCAAUGAAUUGAUAGAAAUAAUGAGAGACACAUCUGAGUUUUUAGACCAAGAAGCUAAAAACCAUAAAGAUGUUAAACCCAUUUUUAAAGAAAAAAUACCUAAAGUAUUAUUAGAGGAAGUAAUUUUACACGAACCAGUAAUUAAAGAAGAAGUUCUUUCUUUUCCCGCAAAAAAGUCAAAAUCUAAAGAUUCUAAAAAAGAGGAAAAGGCAAAAAGUUUAGAAAGAGAUGUAGAUGGAAAUAAGGUAUGCAAAGAAGAUGGCGAAGAAAAUAAAGGAUUUUUUGGAGGAAUCUUUGGCAAAAAGACCAGGGGUGAAAAAAUUAAAGACGAUGAAAAUAAAAAAGUUUUAUCGGAAGAAUUAAUUAAAACAAUAAAAUACACUUCUGGAUUUUUAGAGCAUGAAGUUAAAAACCACGAGGAUGUUAAACCCAUUAUUAAAGAAACAAUCAUUGAAUCAUUACCAAAGAAAGUAAAUUUACAAGAAGUUUCCUUUUCUCCCGCUAAAAAGCCAAAAUUUAUGGAUUCUAAAAAAGGGGAAAAGGAAAAAAGCUUUGAAUGUAAAGAACAAGGUAAAGAAAAGAAAGGAGUUUUUGGAGCAUUGUUUGGAGAAAAGACCAAAGAUGAAAAAAUUAUAAACGAUAAAACAAAAGAACUUUUAUCGGAAGAAUUAAUUAAAACAGUAAAAGACACUUCUGGAUUUUUAGAGCAUGAAGUUAAACACCACGAAGAUGUGAAACCCAUUAUUAAAGAAACAAUCAUUGAAUCUUUACCAAAGGAAGUAAUUUUACCAGAAGUUUCUUUUUCUUCCGCUAAAAAGACAAAAAUAAUGAAUUAUAAAAAAGGGAAAAAGGCAAAAAGCUUUGAAAGUAAAGAAGAAAUCGAAGAGAAGAAAGGAUUUUUUGGAGGAUUGUUUGGAAAAAAGACCAAGGAUGAAAAAAUGAGAAGCGAUAAAGUUAAAGAACUUACUUCCGAAGAAUUAAUUAAAACAAUGAAAGAUACAUCAGGAUUUUUAGAACAAGAAGUUAAACAUUACGAAGAUGUUAAACCUAGUAUUAAAGAAACAAUAAAUAUAGAAGUGAGCUCUUCUCCUGUUAAAAAAUCUAAAAAAGAGGCUAAGACAAACAGUUUAGAAAAGGAUGUAAACCAAAAGGUUAAGGGAGAUGGCGAAGAAAAAAAAAUAUUUUUGGGAGGAUUGUUUGGCAAAAAGACCAAGGAUCUACGAAUAAACGGUGAUGAGCAGAUUAAACCAAUUCCAUCCGAAGAUUUAAUUAAAAUUAUGGAGGAUUCGUCCAAUUUUUUGAACGAAGAAGUUAAAAAUUAUGAGGACGUAAAACUGAUUGAUAAACAGUCAUUAACCGGUGCGGUUAAUAACGCAUUGUCACAAAAAAUAAUUUUACAGGAUUCAGUUUAUAUUGAUGAAAAAAAUCAUUCCAAGGAACAAUCUUCGAAAACAAACAACAAAGGAACUACAGACAAAGACGAACACGAAAAAGAUGACAAAUUUCGUCUCUUUGGUAUAUUUUCUAAAAAAACACAUGACAAAAAUGUAGUUGCUGAAAGCAAUUUUGAAAAAGUUACCACUACAGAUAAAUGCGCAACAACUAAUUUACCUGAAGAAGCUGUAAAAAAUAUAACCAAUAGUAGUAACUUUCUUUUGACUGAACAACAAAAUUAUGAAGAUGGUCAAGAUGGAAUUACUAAGAAAGAGAGUAAACAAACAAUAAUUUCAAAAAUUGAAAACUAUAAAAACUUUAAACCUAAUGAAAUUACUCAGGAAAAAAAGGACACGAAAAAAGAAGGAAAAACAACACGUGUGGUCACAAAAACUUUUGAAUCAAAAUUAGAAAAUGUUUCUCCGGAGUUGUUUAAGGAAAAAUCUAUUGAAAAAAAAUUAUAUGAUUUGAAAAAAGAAACCUCCGAAUUAAAUAAUGAAGACGAAGUAGAUUUUAAAAACAAACCCGAUUUAACUUCUACCACUAAGAAACAAAGAAAGAAUAGUGGUAGUCCGUUUAGAAUAUUUGGAAAAAAACAAAAAUCAGAGGAAUCCUCUGAUGAUAGUAAAGAUUUAGAUGUAUCAGAAUCACAGUCGCAUGACCCUACAUCAUUUUUAACCAUUAAACAACAACACAAAGAUGGGAGUAAUAAAAAUAGUAAUAUAUUAGAAAAAAGUGAAGAAAAAGAAGAUGCGGAUCUUAUAUCAUCUGGUCUAUUUAACAUAUUUAGUAAAAAGGAUAAGACCAGUCCUACAUCUACAAAAAAACAAAAAAAUCGGAAUCUUGAAAAAUCCACUGAAAAAGUAGGUAUUAUGGAAAGACUAAGUCGAAAAAUACAUUCUUUAACCGAUGAUGAAGAGGGAGAUGAAAAACACUCACACAAUGUUAUAUCAUCUUCAGUUGAAAUAGAAAAUAAGCUUAAAGAAGCUUCGGACACAGUUAACGAGGUAAUACAUUCUGCAACAGAGACCGUUAAUAAAUCUAAUAAGGAUUAUAAAAAUAAAGUAACAUUUGAAAAUGAUAUGGAUAGCGUCUUAACAGAACCCGGAAUGGUUAAUUCUGAGACCAAUCUUAUAAGCGAAGUUAUGCAGACUUUUGAUAAUAAACUUUCAUCUGUAAAAAAUGAGUCAAAUGAAAUAGAAGCUGAUUUAAAGAAAAAAUCUGAUAUAAUAACCAUGACUACAAAUAAAAGUAUCUUAGUACUCGAAGAAAAAAUUAAAGAUGUAGAAAAUAUCAUUUCUGAAGUACAGUAUUCUUCUAAACAGAUAAAUGAUGAUAUUAAAAAUGUUUCGGAUACACCUUCCAUAUUAAAAGAAAAAACAGUGGACUUUGUCGAAGAAGUUAAAUUAGAAGCUAAAAAAGAGUCUGGGGGCUUUUUAGACAAAAUUAAGAAGAAAUCAAAGACAACUAAAGAUAAUAUUGAUUCUGAUAUAGCAAAAUUGGAAACAAAACUAGACAAUACUGGUGAAAUGCUUAAGAAAUCUGAAAGUGGUACAGAAUCUAUUUCAAUUAUCACAGAUCAAGUCAAAGAUAUUAAAGAAAGCAAAGGGUUCUUUGGAAAAUUAGGAGACAAAUUAAGUGGAAAGGACAAGAAGUCUAAACAAGACUUAGAAGAUAAUAAAGACGCAACAAGAGAAGAACUGAAUUAUGUUAAGGAAGCCACAUCAGAAUUGGUUAUUGAGGUUGACAAAAAUAAUGUUAACCUAAUAAAAGAAACAAAAUCUAACAUUAGCCAGGAUAUUUGUAAUCAAGAAAGUAAUAAACAAUUAAAAGAUGUAAUUAAAGACUGUAUUUCUGAUGCAAAGCAAUACACAAAUGAUGUAGAAGAUGAAAACUUCAAAAGUGCCGAAGAACAAGAUCCUAUUGAAAAAGAUUCCGAACUUGGAAAUAAAAUAUCAAAACAAACCAACAAAAUUAAAGAUAAAGUUGAAUCCAAAUUAGAUAAAAUUAGUACUUAUGUUGAAAUUACUGAAAAAGAUAUAAAUGAAUCAUCAAAUGAAACUAAGAAUAUAAUCGAUGAUAUUGAAAAGGAUGCUAUAAAAGAGCCUAUUGGAGCUAAAAUGAAGGAUACUUUGAAUAUAACUAAGGAGGAAACUAAUAGUUUAAUUUCUGAAAUUAACCAACAAACAAAAGUUGCUAAUGAUGCAGUUUCAGAUUUUAUUAAUGAUGCCAAACAACAUACAGAAUGCCAAAUGAAAAAUGAAAUAGAAAAUGUAAAACGUGUUGCUUCUGAUAUUAAUAAUGAUGGUAAAUUUAUAAGUGAUGAAAUUAGGGACAAUGCUUUAAAAAUUAAAAAUAAAACUGAAAAAGAACAUAAAAAACUUAAAGACCUAAAACAAGAUAUCGAACAUACAGUGAAAGAAUCAAAAUCAGAACUAAAGAAAACAUCAAAGGAAACAGGUAGAUUUCUCGAUAAACUGGGAACUAAAAUCAAUAAAAAUACUAAAAAAAUUAAAAAAAGAUUUAGUACAAGUAAUGAUAACUCUGAAAGGGAAAUAGCUGAAUAUAGUAAACAAAUAACGUCCCAAACUAAGAAUGACAUGUAUAAUCUACAAAAAGAUAUUUUAAUAAAGAACAAAAAAGAAACAAAAGAAAGUGCUGAAACAGAAAAAAUAAAAUGCAAAGUCUUUUUGGAAGAAACGGACAAGAAAAAAAAUAAAGGAUUAGAAAAUAUAGACUUGAAAGAAAUUAAGGAUAAUGUAAAAAAUCUUUCUGCGGAAACUGUAGAGGGUAUUGAAAAAAGUAUAAAAACUGAAAUAAAAGAUUUGGAAGCAAAACUAGAGGAGGCUUUAAAAGAAACUGCUGCCAAAGUGGAAACAGGGGAAAAAAUUAAAAAAUAUGAAGGUAAAGGAAAGAUAAGUGGUAAAGAAAAUAAACUAAAAGAGGAAAUUGAAGAGAAGGAGGAUAUUUACAAUAACAAACAAUCAGAUCAAUAUGCAGAUAUUAAAUCAUCUAUUAAGCAUAGCCUUGAAAAAAUAUCAGCACAAUCAAAAGAAACAUAUGUUGUAAAUGUUCCUGAUAUGAAAGAUUCAGAAAGCGUUAAAGAAUCUUAUAAGCAAUUCGAAACAGAUGUAUUUAAAGAUAAAGAGGAAUUAGAUGUAAAGUCAAGAGAAAUAAACGAUAUACCUGGUAAAUAUCUAGAAAGUGCUAGAAACCUAUCUACACAGGAUUCCUUUAGUAAAAUGACUCGAGCCGUGUCUGAUAAUAUGGGUAAUUUAAAAUCACACACCGAUAACUCUGUUAAAAUAUCCGAAGCAAAUAUUGAUUUGUCAAAUUUGUCAACAAAUGUUGAGUACUCAGAAAAAAGUACCGUACAAGUAUCAAAUUCGUUUAUUACAUCACCAACUUCUAUAAGGAGGCAUGCUUCACAAAAAGUCCAAACAACUAAAUAUUAUAUUAAGGACGUAAGUAAUCAAAUAGGAGAUUUUGGUCCCAGUGGAUCUUAUACAGUUACCGAGCCCGAAGAUAUAAAAAGUUGUAAAGGAGGUAAAAAAAAAGCUUUAUUUCACAUAGAAUCUGAAGAAGAUGACUCCUUAGAAUUAUCACCAAAACAGAUUUAUGAAAGACGUGAUAGUGUGAAAUCAAAUAUUUUAGAAAGUCUUACCGAAAAUAAAAUUGACACAUUACUAAGUAACUUAACACAAUCUUUAAAAGAAGCUACCAGUGAAAACCCGCUCAUUAAAAUAGAAAAAAAAGUAACAUUAGAAACUAAUGUGAUGGAGUCUCAAAAAGAUGUUGAUAUUAUUGAAAAAAAAUUAUGUGACUUGGAUAAAGCGUUAGAUUCUUUAGAGCAAAUAGAUAUUCAAGUAAAAUCCGAUACACAAAGUAUAAGCACAGAUUUGUCGGAAAAGAAACUACGAAGAAUUGAAAGAAAAUUCGAAAAAAUGGCUUCGGAAGUUUUAGACAAAGACGUUGCAGAGGCAAAAGAACAUAAAUUAAUAACACCAGAAGCUGAAGCUUUUCAGGAACAAGAAUUCGAUAAACUAGUUUCACAAAUAAGCGUAGAAGAUGUAUCCGACUUCCAGAGAGAGUUUAGCCAAAUUUUAGAUGAAACCACCUUUUCAAAGACUGAGGAUGGAGACUCAAAAACUCCGGACAGUCAUGCUGACGUGCUAGAUCUUCCUCAAGGUGAAAUUGUUUAUAUGGGCCCUGUCAAAUUAAAUAAAGACAAUUUAACUAACAAAGCAGGUAUUGAAGUCGAUGUUAUACCAAUAAUGAAAAGUCCAGUGGCAUCCCCAAAACCUAAAAGAAAUAUUAAAAAUAAGCGUGCUAAAUCUGAAAUGGGUUUUUUUGAAGAUAGAAGGUUUAAGGACGAUCGAGGUAGUUUGCCUGACCUUAAAACAAUCCCCAGUAAAACAUAUAUUUAUGAUACGAUUCUUGAAAUGAAUCCCAAUACGUUUUUAAGUAAAAGUAAAGAGUCUUUAAUAGGCUCCUUGAAAAGUAGUGAACAAUUAAUGUCUAGAUCAUUAGAUAGCAGCGUAUUAGAAUCAAAAAGUGCAAUAAUGAAUGCAGUCGUUGGUUGGUUGCAAAAGUCAAGUCCAUUUAGUUCUAGUGAUAAUAUUGAUAAACAAAGCAUAGCAACGAGUUUACCAGAUACAAUGGAUACUGGAAGUUUAUAUGAUGAAAUGGAUAGUUCCUUGCAUGAAGAAAAAUCUUAUUCCAAAUCUGAUCAUGUAAUCCCCGAUAUAUUGAUUUCGGAAAACCAUUGUACUUCUCUGGAAAUCAUAAAAUCCUUUGAAAAAAUAUCAUCAGAAAAAUUAGAAAUCAGCUGCGGCCAACUAACCGAAGCAAAUUCCCAACUAACAACGACCGAAACCAAAACUCCACAACCCAAACCCCGAUCCGCUAAGAUUCCGGAAACACCACUUCAAUUUUCAAUAAACGAUGAACAAACCAUGGAAAAGCAAAUAUCUCCAGUGCGAGAUGAUCUGCUUGAUGACACUGAUCAGGCAGAAACCCUUGAAACAUACUCAGAUAAAAAGAACUUCUGGGAAAAUGUAUCUAAAGAUAAUAUUGGAAAGAGUUUGAGCAUACAAGAAAUAUCAUUGCAUGAGAAAGAAACCUUAUCGAAAAAAAGAGCGUCAGUUCAUGAAUUGGGAGCACCACCCGUACCAAAACCUCGAGCUAUAUUUCAACAAUCUCAAAGUUUAUCUGAAGAAAAAGACGAUUUAACAAAACCAAGUAUACUUUUAAACAGGGCUGUUUCAGUUGACUCUACACCUAGCGAAAGCAGUGGAAUGGCCCAGACUGAACUAACAAGAAUUUCUGAAAGUGAUGACGGUUCGAUAAUAGAGGAAAAAAUAAUGACUGAAUAUCAAGCACAGUUCCAACCUCCUUUUCAAGUCAAACCCAAAAUGCCCAAAGAAGAAGAAAAAAAUAAGACUGAUUUGGAAAAAACGGAAAGUUUAGAUUCAGAUAAGGCUCAAAAAGGUAGCAGUCAAUUUAUAGAAAAUUCUGGUUAUAUUUCAGAUAGUGAGGAUGUGGAACAUUAUAUAUCUGAUUCCGAAAUAGAGGAUAGAGUACCACAAAUUAGAGAAAGACAAAUGAGUGUAUUUGCUCCUCCUGUAGCAAGUACUCGAAAAUCUAUAUAUGAAAGGUCUGCAUCAUUACCUACCGAAGAUUUAUAUGAAGUAUCUGCUAGAAGUAUUAAAUUAAGAAAGCAAUAUUAUGAAGAACAGAUCAAAAAAGAAAUGAUUGAAGAGCAAUUAACAAGUGAAAUUGAAGAUGAUCCAUCCCCUGAACGUAAACAGUUGACAAUAUCAAACCAGUCAAGUUUAAGGGAGGAAGAAGAGCUCUUAUCUGAAAUUAUAGAAGAAUUACCAAAACAAGAAGUACAACAAGGGGAAUUAAUAAAACAAGAAGUACCACAAGAUGAAUUAACAAAACGAGAAUUACCAAAACAAGAACUACCAAAACAAUCUGUUAAGGAUAUUGCAAAAGGAUUGGAAGUUUCUGUUGAAAAAAAUGUCAGUAUACCAAAGCCAUCAAAAAUUCCAAUUAAAAAUACAUAUUUUGUUAGUGAACAUUUACAGGGAGAUAAAAAUACAAAAGAACAGCUUACUGAAAAAUCUACUACAGUUAAAAAUCUUGUAAGUAAUAUAAAUCACAAAGAACAGGGUGUCAUAAAUGAAACUCACAAAACAAUUGAAGCGGAAAAAAUCGAUUUAAGCUCUGUUAAAAGUUUAGCCAAAAGUUAUGAAAAGCAGUUAGGAUCUGUAGUAGCAGGGCAAAAGAUAGGCCAAGCAUCUAUCGAAUUAAAAGGUUUUGUUUUAGAUAAAUCUGAAAUAAGCAAAACUUCCACUAUUAGUAAUGAGUCUUUUAUAGUAAAUAAUAUUGUGGACAGUUUGGAAUCAGAUAAAAGAUAUGAUGAACAAAACCUGAAAGAAGAUAGUGCAUCAAAACUUUGCUCUAUGGAAGUACAUGUAGAUAAAAGCGAGUUGGAAAAUUCGGAAAAACUAAGUGAAUUUGAUCACGAUGCUACAAACAUUGAAACCAAAUCGAUUGAGUCUUUUACCACUGAACCUUCACCUAAAACAUCUCAUUUUCCCGAUGACUAUAUUCCUGAAAUAACAGUAACUUUAUCGGGUAAACAAAGAAGAAUUAGCGAGGAAAGUGAUGAUUACGUAGAAAGAAUUGAAACGGUUCAAACUUCUGUCUCUCCAAUACCUGAAAUUUCUUCAAUUAAACAAUCAGAGGAGCAUAUAGAGGAGACUGUUUGGGAAGUGCCAAUUCAGUCAGAACUAGAAUUUAGUGAAAAAGUAACUGAUAUAGUAUCAGACUCGGUAUCAGAGGUAAAGCAAACUAUCCAAGCAGGUCCAUCUAUUGACGAUGACAAACAAGAUAUAAGUUAUAAAGAUGAAUCAGAUCUCACAUCAGACAUACACCAAGAUCGUUCCGAUUCUUUGGCAUCCGAUAAAAUUAAAUCUGAGAGUUCUAAUGAUAUUGAAAAGAUAAUAUUGGAUAGUCUACAUCAACAACAAGUAGAUCCCGAAGAAGCCAAAAAAAUGGCCUCGGCAUUAGUACGGGAAAUUGAAUCAGAAAUAGAAAAAAAUGAAAGUAUUUCAUAUGAAGUACCAUAUAGCAUUACGAAAGCUUCGGUUUCCGACUAUUUAAGACAAUUAGCUGAAGCUAAAGGUUUGGAUGAAAGAGAAGUUGAAUUAGUAGAAUCUGUUUUGGCGAGAAGACAACGAGAGCUUAGCAAGCUUGUACGCGGAGAUACUCAAGCCUCUAGCAUGGAAAUCACUGAUGAAGAUUUAAAAUUUAGUGGCGCUGAGCUGGAUUAUUCACACAUAUUAGAACAACAAAUGGAUCAACUUGAAGCUGAAAAAUUAGAUAUUAAAAUUGAUUAUGAUUCAGUUGACGAAUCAAGCAAACAUUUUCAAGAAAAAUCAGAACAAAUUAAUAAAAUAGAUGAGGCACACACUGAAGAAAAACAUAUAUCGAAAGACUUAGAGACCUAUGCGGAUUCCAAAAUAAUUCAUCAGAAAAAUAAUAUCACAGUUAAAGUAAGUGAAAGUAUAAAAGGUGAAAAAUCAGCCGUCCAAAGUAAAGACAUAAUUUUUGAAGAAGAUGAAACAAUAUCAGAAUCGGCAACUGAUGAUUCUGAAAAAUUUACAACCGAUGCUCAUGUAGUGAUUAAAGAUGAGACAAUUGAAAAAUGCGAUGAUAAAAAAAAACUAAAAACAGAAACUCUUGAUGCAAGCGCCCAAAGACAUUUUGAUUCAAAAUUAUAUUCAUCAGUUUCGGUAAAGGACGGUAAAGAUAUUUAUCAAGAAAUAGAAAAUGUUAGUAAGGAAUGUAGUGAUUCAAUAUUAUUAUCAGCGAAAAAUGAAUCUCAAGUAUCAGUUACCGAAAACUUUGGGGAUAUGAAAAAAGAAAUUGACUCCAAAACAGAAUUAUUUUAUAACGAGAAAAGUGAUUUAAAAGAAAAAAUAGUACAAGAGCAAGUAAGUGAAGUAACAAUUGAACCAGAUGGUUCUAAAACAACAACCGUCAAGGAAAUUGAAAAGCAGGUAACUGAAACUAAAAGUAACAUUGUCCAAGUAGAACAUCAUGAAUCUAAAUCAGUUGUUACAACAACAUUGGAUAAUCUUAGUACAGAUUUAAAAAUAUUUACCAGUGAGGGAAAGUUACAUGAAUCCCCACAAAUUAUUGAAAGACAUGUUGAAGUAAAAAGAACAUUAAGUUCAGACUCAAAAUCUAGUAUUGAAUCUGAAAAAAAUAUUGUGGAGCCAUUUUUGGUAACAGAAGAGCCAAAAGUCACUGAAAAAGAAACUAUUAUUUUACGAAAAGCUAAAUCUGACGCAGAAUCGAGUAGUGGUAGUUCAAAUUUAAAAGGAGAUAGAAAAUCAGGAAUUGAAUUUGAAGUCUAUUCAAGUUCUGGAGAAAGUCAUUACCAAAGUUUUGAAAUCGAUAGUGGAAAAAGUAGACCAUGCUCGUCAGAUGUUGAAGGUUUAGUGGCUGCUGGUUCUUCAGAGUAUGAAAGCGCAUUAACGUCUCAAAUGUUAUCAGGUAAAUCACACAUUACAUCCACCGAAUAUCAAACUGCUGUAAGUAGCUUAAGCUCAAAAGAAAGCAUGAAAAGUCUUGAUAGCGAAAGCUCAGGUAAUUUAGCAAGCAUUGAAGUAUCCGAAGUAUCUGAAACCCUCAUACCAUCUACAAGCGAUAUGGAUGGCGAUAUGUUGGAUCUAUUAGAACAGCAACUCGAAGAAGAUAAACCCAGUUCUGAUUGGAUCAUGGCACACGCUCCCAUUAGACAAAGUACUGAAGUAAGCGAAUCUUACUCUAUUGAAUCGAUAGAUAUUUCAGAAAAAGAUAAUGUUGAUUCAAAAGAUCUUCAGUCCAAAAUGAAAAGGUCGUACGAAAUGACUUUUCAACCAGAACCGAUAAUGUUAUUUCCAGAAUUACCCCAAAAAGACUCCCUUGAAGCUGAUGAUAAAUUAGGUGUAAGUAUGGAUGACGGUAGCGUUUUGAGUAUGAGUAUGUCAAGUACUUCGAGUAACGCAGCAGUUAGAACUGUUAUUGAGUUAUCCAAAGGGGAUGAAGGGAGCAUGACUGUAUCUGGAACAUCAGAACAUUUGAGCAUAGACGAUGUUGAAAAUAUUUCUCGAGGUAGCCAAGAAAACCUAAUGCACUCUAAUAUUUCUGUAGAUACGUCAACUUGUACCCCUAGACUUUCAAAUGAAUCUUUAAUAGAAUCGGUAACAAUUACCACAUCCAGUGUUAAUUUAGAUGGAAUUAAAAGUGUUAGUACUCAGGUCAGGUCUCAAACUCAAGAAACAACCAAAGAUGAGCCAAAAAAGAAGGGACAUAGACGACAGGAAAGCAAUUUUGUAGCAUCUAUGAUUAAUGUGAUACCUCAACAAAAGGUCCCUGAUGCCGAAUUAACCGACAAUGAAAAACCUUUAUUAAUAUUAAGCGCUAAAGAAGGUAAAAGUGAUGAAAAAAAAGAUAUCGAUGAGAGCGAAAAAGAUAGUUAUGAUGUAGAAAUCGAUCAAGUAUCCCAAAGAGGAUCCAAAUUAUUGGACGGUGAAUCCGAUUUUGAAGUAGAUACUUUGGAUUUUAGUAGACCUCAAUCUCAGUUUAGCAAGUCCGAUUCAGAAAGACCCACAUCGACAGCUUUUUCAGACGAUAGGCCAGAUUCAGAGUUGGCUGAGUUGAUCAUUAAAUCAUCAGAUGCAAUGGAUAUUUCUGAUCCGAUUGAAAGACCAUUAUCUCCGGAACCUUGUGAUGAAACUAAAGAUGACACGCCAGAAUUUAGUUCUGAAGCUCAGGCUAGCGUUGGGGAAUUAGAACAGGAAUACUCAUCCGCGGUUGCUCGUUCACAUGAAAUUUAUUCUGAAACAUCACUUAAACGUCAUUCAAAAGAACUAACUGAUAUUUACAUACCGAAACAACAAUUGGAAAAACGUGACUCACACGGAAAAUCUAGCACAACAUCCAGCGAAAAAUCUAGCUUCGAUGAAGCCGAAGCUGAGGCAGCUUUUAGUAUGGUUGCUCAUAUAUCACCAGCGCACAAAAUUAAACAGAUUUGUCCAAUUUUAGAGGAUGAAGACGCAGAAAAACAUGAACUUGAAACUCGUGAAAGAGCUCAAAAGGAAUUUGAACAACGCAGAGCACAGAUAAAAGAUCAAAGCCCUGGAUUUAUACCGGACAUAAAAGUAACACAACAUAUGACACCUCUUAUUGAUAAAAACUUUAGGUAUCCUGACUUGGAAUUGGAGGCUAAAGAAAAACAAACUGAUACACAAAUGUCAACACCACAAACCCCUGCUUCAAACUCAAGUAAAAGUUCAGAAGAAACUGAUCAGGGAAGAGAAUACGUUCUUGAAGAUAUGCCAUCAGUAAUUCCUGAAGAAGGAGAAACCACCGAAGAAAAGGCAAUAUCUGAAUCAAAAAGUGAGGUUGUUACAGUGGUAGAAUCUACAUUAAAAGAGGAAUCAGAAAAAGGAACAGACUCCCCAAGCAGUGAUUCAUUUGAAAUGCUAGAAAAACCAGACUUAAUAGACGACUUUGUUGUUAUUGAAGAAGUUGCUAAAGAGGCUCAUGAAUUUGAUUCUGAAGGUAAAAGUGUUAAAAUUCAACAAAAAGUAAAGAAAACAAAGUCAAAACAUGAUACUGAAGUAGAGGAGUAUUUAGUUAAGUCAGCUCCUACGCCACUGACAAGAAUAUCAGACAUCAAAUAUUAUCCAGAUGGUUCCUCAAGUGACGAGCUUGGUUUUGAGUUUGAAGAUAGUCCUCCCCAAGAUUCAGAAAACUCAGGGUCUAAGCGAGCUGCCACUUCAAAAGAUUAUGUCCAUCAAUACGAUAGAGAACUGGAAGCUAACAAAAAGUGGAUUGAACAACAAUUUCAAGGUGACCAUGCAGCAAUGUUAGCUGCAGGAUACGGAUACGAAAUGGAGUUUGAACGAGGACCUCUGGAAGACAUUAAAGAGGAAGAUAUAACUGAUUUUGAAGCAUCUAGUAGAAUUGGUAGUUUGGGAUCUCAAAAAGAAUCGGGCGGAAGCCUUGGCAGCGUUAAGGAUUCCUACUCAAGUACCCCUGAUUAUGAUGUUCUUGCAGGACGAAAAUAUUUCACCAGAUCUGGUGAGCAUGAUGAUAUAUCAAUGUCCAGCUUACAAGAAUUUGAAAACUUAGAGCAGGCAAUGUCUUUGGAAAUGAGGAAAUAUCAUGGUAGCCAAGACUCAUCUAGUAAUGGAAGUUAUAAAAACCGACAUCAUAAAAGUCAAGGGGAUGACAUUUCAGUGAGUUCACUCAAAGAAUUUGAAGGUUUAGAAAAAGCCUGUAUUGCCGCUCAUAAAAUUGAGGUUAAAGUACAAGAAGAAGAAGAAAUGUUGGCUCAAAUCGAUGAAUGUCCUGAAAGUUUGGCAUCUGAAUCAGAAAGUUGCGAAACUAUUUCUGGUACACAAAAACUUGCCACGGACUCAGAUGAGGAAGACUACGAAAAAAGAAUGUUUGAAAUUGACGAAAUAAUUAGACAAGCUCAAACCAACGUAGAAAGAUUUAUUGAUUUAAAAGAAGCUGAAAAAACUGAAUCCUUAGGCAGAGGGGACUCAAUUGAGGAAGUAUCUAGAGUACCAGAGUUGGACUUGGAUGCUCCUUUAAAAUCCAACAUUAAAGUACAAUGGAAAGAAACUGAUGAUGUAAUGAUCACGUCAACUGAUUCUUUGGACCUUAAACCUUCGACUAGCAAUCAUGGCAGUACUGAUAGUUUAGAUCAAAAAACAGGUGUUGAUUUAAUGACGGCAAGCACUGACUCAAUUGAGGUUCAAGCUCAAAAAUCUAAAAAUGAUAAUAUAAUGACAGAUAGUAUCGAAGUUAAAGGGUGUGAACAAAGCGGACUGAUAUCCAGCGAUUCUCUGGAGCUAGGAGCUGCAGCUAUAAGUCAUGUUUUAUUAACAGACUCAAUCGAUGAAGAUGGAUCUAGAAUAUACCCCUACGAUAUAAGCAUUUCGAGCACUAGUAAGGAUUGUUCUGCGAGAGAUGAAUUUGUCGACCAAAGUGUGACAAGCUCUACAGCCACACACGCAACGUAUCAAUAUGAAACAGAUUCCAUAUUAUCAGGAAGUUUUACUAGUGGAGGAUCUAAUACAAUGGUAUCUUCGACGGAAACAGUUGAUCCAAUGCACACUAGAGAGUUUGUGGAUGUAUCUGCUGCUGUAAGAAAAGUAUGGUUCGAUGAAGAGGCCAGUGGUGGUAAAUACACAGAGUAUGUAGAAGAUAAUUUAAAGCCUUAUGUAACUGAAGUUAUUGAACCAUCUGAAGACGAUUCCUUUUCGCAUACAAUUCAUAGAAGGGUCGAGAUGCCCUCAGAAAUGCGUAAGGUAACUUUUACAGGGGCAGAUGCUAAAGAAAGGCUUCGUCAAUUUAUUGAAGACUUUGGCGAAGGCGAAGACGUCCAAGAAACCAACGAAGUUGACGAACAUGGCAACGUUCAUAUUAAAAAAGUCGUACAAAAACGAUUUAUUAUUAAGACUGACGAUUCCCAACCCCAAACAUCCCAACUAACAAAUAUUGAACAAUAUAAAGGACAAGGUGUCGUUACUAAACCACUAACAGAUUCUCAAGGAACCAUAACCAUUUUAACUGAACAAUUCGAUAUUCCUCAAAUCUCGUCAUCUUCAAGAGUUGUAGCAGGUGAGGAGGCAAAUAUGUCUGGACAGGACCGUGGCAAAAGCUCUGCAAUGACAGCUGAAAAGGACGAAACACAGAUAAGUGGACAGCAACAAACGGUGACUGAUCAACAUAAAUUAUCUGAUGAAAUGAAGGCUUUACUACAAGAACUUGAAAAGGAAAGCAAGCAAUAAAGUACCAAAAGAUAAAUAAUUUUGUAUUAUAGUAAUAAUGACAAUUUCCAACCAUGAAAACUGAAGAACCAAUCAAGACUUCCGAUCAAGACAAAGUUCAAAUUUAAAAUAGCCUAUUGCUACUAUCUAUUAAAUAUAUUCCUGUGCUUGCUCUAUUGUAAAUGUUCUAAUAUGGCUCAAACAUAUUAUUUGUUCGGCAAUGUCUUGACCCGAUAUAACUAAAAACAAUAAAUGUCCACAGCAAGCAAAAUUCUUCCUGCCUGAAGUGUUUGCCAUUUAAACAUGUUUUUGACUCACUAAAUUAUACACCAUGUAUAUGUAGGAAAUAAAUGUUAUUUUAAAUACGCAAUUUUUCGUUGUAUUUAUACAAAUACUGCUAUAUCAAGUAUUUUUUUAAGACGCUUUAGUUUUUACCUUUUAGAUAAAAAUUAAACUUUCUUUAUAGUAUAGUAUUGUACUUAUUAGGUGUAAGAAGGUUGAAUAAUGAAUCGUAAGUAACAGUAACUUACAAUAAUUUUUAUGCUAAAUGUAAUUGUUUGUUUCUGUUAAAGCCCGUUAUUUUUAUAUAAUGCUUUAUUGUGAGUUAAUGUUACGAAAUAUUUGUAUAAAAUUAAGAAAGCAGGUUAUGAUUGAAUAUAUCUUAUAAUUAGUGUAUUGUAGCUUAUUGUUAAACAGUAUAUCUUUAAAUUUCAUAUUUUGGCCUUUAAACAACGGGUUUGUGGUUAAUCCCAUUUUGCCAAUGAAAUUUAAAAAAAUACUUAUUGCUGUUCAAUAUUAUUUAUUAAAUCAAUAUAAAAAUAUUCUAUAUGAAUGUAUGUAUAUAGGUUAUAUAUGUAUAAAACAUAUAUCCUGUGUAUCUAAAUACAAAUAAAGCUUUCAAUAAAA